AUCUGAAUGGGCCUAAAUAGAGUUUAGAUUACAUGCUCCACUUUAAACUCAACUGCCAACUUCCAGCCCUAGAAACAUACAUUCUCUUCAACUCUUUUCACUCUUCUCAAACUACACGGAGACGCGGCCGCCAUUUUUGGUUCCAGCAACUUGGAUUUGGAAGAAUGGUGAGAGUCAGCGUUUUGAACGAUGCACUCAAGAGCAUGUAUAAUGCAGAAAAGAGGGGCAAACGACAGGUUAUGAUCAGGCCUUCCUCAAAAGUCAUCAUCAAAUUCCUUUUGGUCAUGCAAAAGCAUGGUUACAUUGGAGAGUUUGAGUAUGUUGAUGAUCACAGAGCUGGCAAGAUUGUGGUUGAACUCAAUGGGAGACUCAACAAGUGUGGGGUGAUUAGUCCUCGUUUUGAUGUCGGUGUCAAAGAGAUCGAGGGUUGGACCGCUAGGCUACUUCCUUCCAGACAGUUUGGAUAUAUCGUGCUUACCACAUCUGCUGGCAUCAUGGACCAUGAAGAAGCUAGAAGAAAGAAUGUUGGUGGAAAAGUACUUGGUUUCUUCUAUUGAAGCAAAUUUCUUAGAUUUUUCAUUUUUGUUUGAAGUUUCUCUUCAUCUAGAACCUCUGUUGGUACGAUUUCAAUUCACAUUUAGGGGAUUACGAGGUUUUGGUUCAUUUGCCUUUUGUUAUCUGAUAGUUUGAAGUUGGCUCAUUAAAAUUUCUGUAUCCUGUUUUUUUCAAAAUUAUAUAACUUUGCAUAUUA